UCAAGGAAACUUAACAAGAGUUUAACUUAGCAGUCUCUGUGACUUGUAUUAUUUCGCUUGUAUACUGGUUUAGUACUUUGCGUCUUGCAGACGACGGGGCAUUAAUUAACUCGUGGCUUCAGUCAGUCAGCGCGCACCAUUGUUUACUUUUCACAGUGAUAGAUGAGGUGGCUGCUAUGUCUGGCUUAUUUUUUUGCAUGUCUUCUUAUUCAAGCAUGGGGUCAGACGUGUGCUUGUCAGUCUCCAGGGGGAUGUAACUUCGCACAAAUCUGCUUACCUGUCGGCAACUGCAAAAGACGUAACGAGGCGCUUGGUAAACCAGCGACGAUGAGUUCUGCCUACGACAAUAACAUCAAAAAGCUGAAGUCAGGUCCGGCUUGUCUGGCUGUCAACGGUAACUUUGACACAGAAUUUAGACCCAUCAACAUCCACGCAAGCAACCCGAAUUGUAUCCACACAGCAGACAAUGACAAAAGUCCUUUCUGGGAGGUGGACUUGGGGCAACACUUUGAUAUUGCGAUCAUCACUGUCUACGGUCGUAAUGGACAGCUUGUCCGCUUGAGUUAUGUCCGCCUUACGGUGGACGGUGUCGAGAGGUACGUCUUCACACCACAGAGCCUUUCCUUGAGGACGGAAAUCCCCUUUGACCCGCCGGUGUCAGGACGUGUGGUCAGGCUGUCCAGAGACACAUCAACUCUGGACGACAAGGACCCGUUUAUAGAUUUCUGUGAGCUGCAGGUGUGGGUGUGCGAAACUGGAUGGGAGGGCCCCUGGUGUGAACGAAAGGUACUCGCAACUACAGCUACAGCUACAACUACAGCUACAGCUACAACUACAACUAGCUACAACUACGAUUACGACGCCGAAGCCAACUGAACCUCCUAAGUCGGGAACCUCAGCUGCGGCCAUCGGUUGGAUUACAAUUCUCUGGCGACCGUCGCUACUUUCCUUUGAAAACUAAAGGAGAUACCUGUACACACCUUGCUUUGUCCCAUGAAGGCUAAGCGCAACUAGUUUCGAAUCACACUGUUUUAAAUCGUGUUUAUAAGCUACACUUGCUAGAGUCACACAUCAGUAAGCGUCAAGAUAUUUUUUCUGUAUUAUUAAACAUUAAUCAUAAAUACAA